CGGGCGCGCGCGGCCGGAGUGGGGGGACAUUUUUCUGGGUGGGGCGCGCCGGGUUAGGAGCCCCGGGAGUGAGGGGGCACGGCCCUGUGGGUUGCUGCGCGCUCCUGGGUGGAGACCCCCGCGUCUGCGCCCAGGUGUGCAAGUGCCGGUCCUUGUGCGUGACGGGGGCGGGGGCGGGUGUCGGCGCCGAGCGCGCGGGCACGUGUGGGCGCGCACACCUGUCCCCAGGUGGCCGUGGAGAGUGUCUGGGCUUCCUGCGGGCGCUGUGUGUACGUUACUCGUGGGGGGAGCACUUGGGGGGUAGCGCUGAAACUCACCCCUAACCACCGCCCAGACGCCAGCCUGGGGCAGGCGGACAGCCAGGGCUCCCGUCCCAGCAGCAGUGAAGCACUCAGGGUGUCUGUCCCUGUCCCUGGUUGGGUAAUGAGGGGGGUCAUGGACUCUUGGGGUGACCCCAGAGAUGGCAGGGCGCAGGGCCUUCCUUCUGCCCCGAUCCACCCCAGGGGCAAAUUCCUGGGAAGGACUGACUCAUCUGCAAGUCCUGGGCCUUCCCAGCCCUGGGGACAGAAAAAGAGGAAGAGGCCUGGCCCAACGCAGUGACAGGUCACUCUCCACACGCGCUGGCCACGCUGUGGGGACUCAGCCACUCCGUGUCUUUCCUGUGUCUCAGUUUCCCUUUGGGGUAAUGGCAGGGGGGACACUCUGUGGCUGGCACACUCAGCUAAAGGGGUACAGAUUAUUCCUCCACAGGAACUGCAGGAAGCCAGCCCCUGCGUCCCCCGCCGGAUGACUUGGGGGAGGGGAGGGGGUCUGCCUCCUGGCCAUGCCAGCCGCCUGUCUAGGCCGGAAUGGAAUGAACUGGGGUGGCACACCCCACCUAGCUGGAAUCUGGGCUACCCAGCUUAACUCUGGCACAUCUCCAGGUGAGCCCUCCUUUCCGUCCAGCCUGGCACCCCUGCCCACCACAGCCAGGAUGCCAACGAGGCGCUGGGCCCCCGGUACCCAAUGUAUCACCAAGUGUGAGCACACGCGCCCCAAGCCUGGGGAGCUGGCCUUCCGCAAGGGCGACGUGGUCACCAUCCUGGAGGCCUGCGAGAACAAGAGCUGGUACCGAGCUAAGCACCACGCCAGCGGGCAGGAAGGGCUGCUGGCUGCCGGGGCGCUGCGGGAGCGCGAGGCCCUCUCCGCGGACCCCAAGCUCAGCCUCAUGCCGUGGUUCCACGGGAAGAUCUCCGGCCAGGAGGCUGUGCAGCAGCUGCAGCCGCCCGAGGACGGGCUAUUCCUAGUACGGGAGUCGGCGCGACAUCCCGGGGACUACGUGCUGUGCGUGAGCUUCGGCCGCGACGUAAUCCACUACCGCGUGCUGCACCGCGACGGCCACCUCACCAUCGACGAGGCCGUGUGCUUCUGCAACCUCAUGGACAUGGUGGAGCAUUACAGCAAGGACAAGGGACCCAUCUGCACGAAGCUUGUGAAGCCCAAGAGGAAGCAGGGCACCAAGUCUGCGGAGGAGGAGCUGGCCAAGGCUGGCUGGCUACUGGACCUACAGCACCUCACGCUGGGAGCACAGAUCGGAGAAGGCGAGUUUGGAGCCGUCCUGCAGGGCGAGUACUUGGGGCAGAAGGUGGCGGUGAAGAACAUCAAGUGUGAUGUGACAGCCCAGGCCUUCCUGGAUGAGACAGCCGUGAUGACGAAGCUGCAGCACCGGAACCUGGUGCGGCUCCUGGGUGUGAUCCUGCACCAGGGGCUCUACAUUGUCAUGGAACACGUGAGCAAGGGCAACCUGGUAAACUUCCUGCGCACCCGGGGCCGGGCCCUUGUGAACACCACGCAGCUCUUGCAGUUUUCUCUGCACGUGGCCGAGGGCAUGGAGUACCUGGAGAGCAAGAAGCUGGUGCACCGGGACCUGGCCGCCCGCAACAUCCUGGUCUCUGAGGACCUGGUGGCCAAGGUCAGCGACUUUGGCCUGGCUAAGGCCGAACGCAAAGGGCUGGACUCGAGCCGGCUGCCGGUCAAAUGGACGGCACCUGAGGCACUCAAGCAUGGGAAAUUCUCCAGCAAAUCAGAUGUCUGGAGUUUUGGGGUGCUGCUGUGGGAAGUCUUCUCAUACGGACGGGCUCCAUACCCCAAAAUGUCACUCAAGGAGGUGUCAGAGGCCGUGGAGAAGGGGUACCGCAUGGAGCCCCCCGAGGGCUGCCCAGGCCCUGUGCAUGCCCUCAUGGGCAGCUGCUGGGAGGUGGAGCCUGCCCGCCGGCCGCCAUUCCGCAAAGUGGCCGAGAAGCUGGCCCGGGAGCUGCGGGGCACAGGUGCCUCAGCCACGGUCACAGGGCAGGAUGCCGACAGCUCGGCUGCCACCCGGAGCCAGGAGCCCUGACCCCACUCUGUGGGACCAAGGGGACCAAGAAUGUGGAGGCCACAGUAUGGGGAUGUGGGCCAGGCCAAUGGAGGGUCAAGGCCAGAGCCGCCCUCCCAGCCCCAAGCAGGGAAGACCUGGCCAGGGGAUCUCUGGGCAGCUGCUGGGCACCAGAGACCAGGAAGUGCGGGGCCAUUGCCUCUAUAAAGAUCCAUUCUGAGGACUGUGGUGUUUGUGUCUCUCUGUGACCCCUGAGAACCCCACCUGGAAACCUCUAUGUCCCCUCUCCUGUUACUUCCCCACCCCAGCUUCCUGCCUUCACUGGACAGUGACCCUCAGCCCUCCCCUCCCAUCCCCACAGGCUCCACCCCCAGGGACACAGUUCCCUAGUUUGCUGUGGGGACACUGGUCAACAGCCAUGAGUCCCCUGUGAGACAACCCGGCUCACCCCCGAGGCCCAGGCUCAGAUGUUCUAGACAAAGCCAGCGUAGUGCUGUUCUUUUCUCUACCCUCCUGUGAACUGUGCAGAAACGGAGCUCUGCUGUGGUGCUGUCUCCAUCCAGGGAGCCCACCCCAUCCUCCAGCAGUGCCUCACACAUGGGGCAGGCACCUCAGCCCUCUCAGGCCAGGAGGUGGGGAUAGAGAGGCCCUGGUCACCCAGCACAAGGUGGCCCAGACAGGCCAGGAUGCUUCCCCAGGGUGUCUGUGAGGAGGUGGCAAAGCAAGAGGGAGCCUGGCCUAUAUAUAGGGGUCCAGAGCCAAGAAGCCCUCACUUUCUACUCCAGCAAGGCCUCCUCACAUUGUCCCCAACUUAACUUGGUCAGGACAGUGUCAUGACCCAAACCUAGUGUCACAGGUGUGAGGAGACCUUCCUACAGAAAGAACAGCACCCUGCCACCCAUGUACCAGCUGCUA